AUGGAUUCCGGUAAUAGUAGUUUACAAUCUUCAAGUGGUGAUGAUGAUCAUGAGUAUGACUCGAUGCGAGAGUCAGUCCCAGCUUUUCUGAACACUUCAGGUCACUUUAGUGGUGCCUUAUCAAACCCACACCCAUCGCUUGGCUCGAACCACCAUCAACCACCAGCUUUCUCUUAUCCUUGGCCAAGCUAUCUCAAUAACCCUUUCUCUAAAUCUCAACUGCUACAUCUUGAUGGGGUUAGGCCAGGUAACCUAAAAUAUGACCCCAACUGCACUGACCAUGGUAACCUACCAGGCUUCUCUUCACCGAGCCAGUUGGGUCCACAAGGACUCAACCGUGGUUCAUUCCCGAGCUCAUCGUCGGUUCAAACAAGGCCUUCUCAUGACAACAAUGGUGUAAGGUCAUCGACAAAGAAUCCCAAGAAGCGAACAAGGGCAUCACGAAGAGCACCCACUACAGUUCUGACCACCGACACGACAAAUUUUAGAGCAAUGGUGCAAGAAUUCACUGGAAUCCCUGCACCACCAUUUCCGGGUUCAUCGUCAUUUUCUCGAAGGCUCGACCUUUUUUGCUCUGGCUCUGGACUUCAAUCCGGUCAUCUGGAACCUCUCGGUUCUCUCCUACGUCCCUCAGCGAGAAGGGUUCAACCAAAUCCAUUUGCACCUUCAUCAUCUUCACCUUCAUUGCUAAAUAAUCCUUUAGUUGAUGCUGCUAAUACCAUUACCGAUAUCCGCAUCCCAAGUAGCUAUCAACUUCCUAGUGAUUUAGGCCUACUAAAGCAGCCUCAGAAUAUGUUAAACUUGCAAAAUCAGAGCCCCAGUUUACCUUUCCAGUCGUUCCUAGACCCUUCGGUUAAUAUGCCUGGCUUCGGUGUUAAGACGUCCCAUGGAAGUUCGGCAGCGUCCCUUAAAGAAAUAGGGCUGACCCAUGGUCAAGUCAAUGCCAACCUGAGUGGCUUAGCAGCACCUGAUGCUGCACGUCAUGAGAACUGGAGAGAUGGUGUUGGAUUGAACCAAGGGAACCAAGAUCAUCUGAGGGCUUUAGAUUGGAAUUAUGGUAAUUCACAUGAAGAAGGGAUGGACCGGGAAUUUAAAUAG